UCCUCUUCAUCCUCGGCAGACGUUUAAAGCUGGGGGUGGGGGGGUGGGAUUUUUCCGGACAUAUUGGAUCCUAAUUCGCCAUAUUUUCAUCUGUUCCCAUGCAGAUUAUUUAAAGGCGAGAUCUGUCCCUUUUCCUUUUUCCCUUCUCCGGAUUGAGAAGAGCGAUUUAAAAAAAGGUUCUCGCCGUGGAUGGACUGCUGUUUCCGCUCGGUGAUCGUCUCCACCACGACUCUGAGAAGAUGGCGGACCGGGCUGAGAUGUUCUCCUUGAAUACGUUCCAUUCCUUGUCUCCUCCGGGUUGCAGGCCGGCCCACGACAUCAGCCUGGAGGAGUUCGACGACGAAGAUCUCUCGGAAAUCACGGACGACUGCGGGAUCGGACUCAAUUACGACUCGGAUCCCUACGAAAAGGACUCCCUGAUCCUGGAGAAGAACGACACGCACCACCCGGUGUGCUCCUUUCAGGACGACUUCCAGGAGUUUGAAAUGAUCGAUGACGAAGACGAGGAUGACGAAGACGAGGAGGAUGAGGAUGAAGAAGAGGUGGACCCCGACGCCCCUCCGUCCCCAUCGGCGUCGCCUCCCCCUUCGCCGAUUCUCGGCACGCUGAAGAGCAGACCGACGACGCUAAACCUCACGACGGCUGUGUCGCAGGAUUCACUUAACAACAACAGCAGUCUGUCGCCAAAGAAAGGAACCUGGCAGGACUCGUUGCGCAACCCUUCGUCACAGGGACGCACGACUCCAACCCACUCAUGCCUGGAUGACGGUAGCCACGUGACCGGCCAAUGUCCGACCUCCCCGCUUUCUCAGCCGCUAAUGUCGCAGAAUGAAGGUACUCCAGCAAAACAAGCAGGGGAGGGCGGGAACCCCCAUUCCCCACACAGGCCACUCCUCUGUGACGUGGAGGGCAACAGGCGGGAAAGGCCGGAAUACGGCUCAUUUGGUCAACUAAAGUCCCAUCCUGGUGAUGUUAUCAAACCAAAGCCCGACACUAGCAGAGUACCUUCCGUAGACGAGCAUUCCCAGUGUUCGGACACGGAGGUGGACCACGAUCUAAACAACAGCCACAACCACAAACACUUAAAGCGGCUGGCCACAGACACGUACACCAUCACCAACGAGUCCGGAACAGAAGCGGGGAACGACCCGGAUCCAGACGGAACCAGUCGCUGCUUAUCAUCCACCGCUCCGUUGGGAGGCAACGACGGCGCCGACACCCCCUUGUCCGAUGACGAGUUGGACAAGGACUUUGAAGUGGAGUUCAUGCGAAAGGAGACCUACGAUAUGGUGUGCAAGGAAAACCCGUCCUCGUACGUGGAGUUCCCGUGUAUCGAACCCUAUGACCCAGCUCCCUUCUCUUCGGAUGCUCCUGACAAGUCCAAAAGUUCCGAUUCUCCAGCCUCGGCGGCUCAGGCGGUCGCGGCUCAGGAGUCCCACUCUCCGUCGUCCGAUCCGGGGAUCGCGGACAUGAACCAGCAAGGUUACGUGACUUCCGACCUGGACCGGGAACUGAGCUCCCCGGGUUCUGACUCCGAGCUGGACGGAGAAGUCGACAUAGCAUUUACCUGCGAAGGUGCGACACACUCCAAUAUGAUCUCGUCUAUCUCCGAAACGGAGCUGGACCUGACCAGCGAUGAUAGCAGCAGCGGGCGUUCUUCUCACCUCACCAACUCCAUCGAGGAGGCUAGCUCACCCACGUCAGACCAGGAACUGGACCCCGAUACGGAGUUGGAGCAGGACAGCGGAAUCGUGGGACUUAAAGCGUCUCUCUUUUUGGGUCAGCCGGACCCGAUCAAAGAAGCCUCUCCCCCACCAUCUCCGUCGCCUCUACCUUCUCCGACGAUUGCCACCCCGUCCUCUGCCGACUCCCCCAAGUCUUACGGUAUCUCGCAGGCUCUGGCGGACCUCCAGGACAGCGAUCUACCCGGAGAGCACCAGGCCGACCCCGACGAGACUCUUCCUCCCCAACAGUGCGAGGACAGCACGUCCAGACAAAUGGUUCUCAAGAUAGAACCCGACCACAGCCUGGAGUGCUUCAAACCCUCCUUCUAUCUUCCAGUAGGACCCAGACUCAUGCCCGUCGCAGACGACUACGACGAAACCAGCGAAGGGGAUUCCGAAUCGGAAAGCGAGGACGAGCUGAGUGAAAACUCGGACUCGCCCUGGCUGCUUAGCAACUUGGUCAACAGGAUGAUCUCGGAAGGUUCUUACCCGAUUAGCUGUCCCGAAGACUGCUUCAAGAGGGAGGUAUCUGUGUCAGACACCAUCUCUCCAUCCUCGGAAAUGGGUGACGGAGAUAGUUUCGCUGAUGAGGACCCAGAAUUGGUUACUACAUCAGGGCCCAGGAACAUUAAGGCCGAUCAAGGCGACAGAACGAAGAUGUGUGGAUCUCCGUACGGAAGUGUGGUUCACUCUCGUGACACAAUGGAACACUGUGUUAAGAAUUCUACAGAAACCGUUAAUUACUCUUCUGCUGGAGUCUCCACCACCGGACUGUCCAAGAACGCCAAAAGACUGGAGAGGAACCAAGAUCCAGAUAAGGACUUGGAUUCCCCGAACCUUAGCGACAAAGACAUCGGCCGGGAGACGGAUCCCAGGACGACGAGUCGCUCAUCCGCGUCCCUCGAGAGGAUCACUGAGGUCAAACACAGCCUGACGCUGGACAUACCCACGUCCCAGACAAACCGUUGCUUCAGCCUGACCUACUCCACAGACAACGACGAAGAGGAUGACCAAGGAGACUCGUACCCGUUCUUGGACGACUUUAGGAGACAGUCCUACAGGGGUAGCGAUUUACAGCUGGAAACAUCAGAGUCCUGUGUGCCGGACCAACCCUGUCCAGACCGUAACCUCCCGCCGUGUGAGAAAGCACCGUCUCCGAAGCAACCCAGUGAAGAUGAUGGAUUGGCCUAUGAUUCCAUGAAGUACACGCUAGUUGUUGAUGAGAACACUACUCUGGAACUCGUCAGCCUCAGAAGGUGCACAUCAGUCCUGAGUGAAGACAGCGAGCUCUCCACGUUAUGCGACGAAGAACCUUUGGAGACGGGUCAGGUGGAUUAUUGCUGCAAUGACGAAGGGGUGAGGCCGGAACUUCUCAGUUCUUCCGAAGACUCCUCCCCUGAGGCCGACCUCCCGUUUUCUAAGAAGUUUCUCAACGUCUUUGUCAAUAGCACGUCACGUUCCUCCAGUACAGAAUCAUUUGGACUUUUCUCCUGCACCGUCAACGGUGAAGAGAGGGACCAAACCCAUAGGGCGGUGUACAGGUUCAUCCCCAGGCACGCAGAUGAGCUGGAGCUAGACGUGGACGAUCCACUGUACGUGGAGGAGGAAGAGGACGACUACUGGUACCGAGGUUACAACAUGCGCACGGGGGAACGUGGAAUCUUCCCCGCCUUCUACGCCCACGAGGUCAUCGGUCACUCCAAGGAGUUGUUGGCCAUGAAACGUAACCCGGCGUGGAUCGAGACGUUCGACGUGCAGUUCUUGGGUUCCGUGGAAGUACCUCAACAUCAAGGCAAUGGAAUUCUCUGUGCCGCCAUGCAAAAGAUUGCACUGUCCAGGAAGCGGACCGUGCACGUGAGGCCACCGUCUUUAUGUGAGCUAGAGAUCAGCUUGCAAGGAGUGAAGCUGAUCAUGAGUCUGGAAGAUGAAUACGAUUGUCUGGAUGAGUUUGACAGAUGCAGCCACUUCUUUCAGAUGAAGAACAUUUCUUUCUGCGGUUGUCAUCCGAGGAACAACUGCUACUUCGGCUUCAUCACCAAGCAUCCCAUGCUGAGCAGGUUUGCGUGUCACGUCUUCGUCUCCCAAGAGUCCAUGCGGCCUGUAGCAGAGUGCGUCGGUCGGGCCUUCCAGGAAUACUACCAGGAACACGUGGAGUACGCCUGCCCCACCGAGGACAUCUACCUGGAAUGAGCCGCGUUCAUUGCCUUCUUUGCUCAUCUUUUUCUUCGAGACUGGCCUCUUCAGUUCGACAUCUCAUCUCCCCCGACGCUUUAUUUGACAGUUUUCUAUGAGACAUAGCUACCUACUAUCUACCUACCUACUAGCGACCGUUCACUCUCCCAAUGCAUGGCUCGUAGGAUUUACCGCGCACAGCCACACGUAUUCAGGAAGUACGGGCGAGCGGCUCGGCGAGGUUUGUAAAUAUGUAUUUGUUUUGGCGCCGCUCGGGUUUCUACUGGUAGUCGACCGGCGGCGGACGGUGAAGUGAGCUUACCUCGGUUACUGUGGCGUACACGUGCUGUAUAUAGAUGUAUAGGGAGUAGACGUUCAAAGAAGCGCCUCGUUCACGCUCGCUGAAGGUGCUCGUUCGCUCAAUUGACUCCUUCGCUGCCAUUGACGGGGAUAGACGUGCAGUCCAUUUGGACUUUUACGGUAAGGUCCAUGUUACCGACGGCUCUGCAAUCCAUUUUAAAAGUUCGUCACAGACGAUGGUCUUUUACAGUUAAGUAAAUGUUAGCGAUACUUUAGCUAACAUUGAUGACGGUAGUCGUGUAAUUCAUUUUGACUGUGAAAAGUCUGUCAUGGACCAUGGUCUUUACUGGUUUUACAGUGCGGUACUUAUUAGCGAUGAGUAAUAUUUAAGCUAAAAUUGAUGGUAAAAAUCAUCCAAUUCAUUUUAACUGGUAAAAGCCUGUCAUAGACAGUUGUGUUUUACAGUGGAGUAAAUGUUAGCGAUGAGUAAUACUUUAGCUAACAUUGAUGGUGAUAGUCGUCCGAUCCAUUUUGACUGGGAACAGUCCGUCAUGGACCAUGGUCUUCACUAUUUUUACAGUUCGGUGCAUGUUAGCAACUUAGCAAUGAGUAAUACUUAAGCUAAUAUUUGAUGGUGGUAAUCCUCCAAUUUAUUUUUACUGGUAAAAACCCAUCAUGGACCAUGGUCUUUACUACUUUUAUAGUGCAGUACAUGUUAGCAAUGAGUAAUACUUUAGCUAACACUGAUCAUGAUAGUCAUUAUAUCCAUUUUGACUCGGAACAGUGUUUUCCGAAAUUUCCAGGUUCGCGGUGAACCAGUAACAGGCAAACAUUCAGCUAACAUUGAUGUAAUAAUAGUCCAAUCCCUUUUCACUAGUAACAGUCCAUUAUGUACCAUGGUCUUUUACAGAGCAGUACAUGUUAGCGGUGAGUUAUACGUUAGCUAACAUUGAUGUUUAUAAUGCUCUAAUCCACUUUCACAGGGAAUAGUGCGUCAUGUAACAUGGUCUUUUAUAGAACGGUACAUGUUAGCGAUGGACAAAACUAGGGUUGUUCCGAUCACGUUUUUUUGCUCCCGAUCCGAUUGCUUUUUUUUUUUUUGCUCCCGAUUCAAUUCCAAUCAUUCCCGAUAAUUUUUCCCGAUCAUAUACAUUUUGGCAAUGCAUUAAGAAAAAAAUGAAUAAAACUCGGACGAAUGUAUACAUUCAACAUACAGUACAUAAGUACUGUAUUUGUUUAUUAUGACAAUAAAUCCUCAAGAUGGCAUUUACAUUAUUAACAUUCUUUCUGUGAGAGGGAUCCACAGAUAGAAAGACUUGUAAUUCUUAAAGGAUAAAUGUGACUUUGUAUAUUGUGACUAAAUAUUGCCAUCUAGUGUAUUUGUUGAGCUUUCAGUAAAUGAUACUGUAGCCAUUUAAUUGUUCUGCCCAAAUGCAUGAUGGGAAGUGCAACCAUGACUGUGCAUAGCGGCACCAAUUGAUAUAUAUUCUCUGCGUUGGGAAGUAACAUAGGGUGUUAAGGAAAAGAUCAACCACUACUGUUCUUCCCCACAUUGCUUCCCACGAUAAUUCUAGUUGUUGAGUGAUUGUAAGGCUUUAGCCAAGUAAAAAGAGGCUCCAGAGACUGCCAAAAUUCUUUCUACUCAUUUUACGCUGCCUGUUAGCUCUAUGUAUAGGUAAAACGGUGCCAUUAUAGAUUGAACACGACAAUGCGUGAGUGGGUCGGGCAGCGCAUGCGUUAAAUUGCAUUAAAUAUUUUAACGUGAUUAAUUUUAAAAAAUUGAUUACCGCCUUUUACGCGAAAAAUUUGAUAGCCCUACUUUAAGCCAAAACUAAAGACUCUGGAUGAAUGUAAGACAUUUUGUCUGUAACGUUAAAUACAAUUAGAAAACAAUUUAAUAAAAAAAAAAAAAAAAUUUAAAAAAAGGCAUGUCCGAUAUUUUUUUGCAGAUUCCGAUACUUUGAAGAUGACGUGAUCUGACCCGAUCGAUUGGGACAUCUUUAGUCUUUACUACUUUUACAGUGCAGUACAUGUUAGCAAUGAGUAAUACUUUAGCUAACACUGAUCAUGAUAGUCAUUAUAUCCAUUUUGACCGGGAACAGUGUUUUCCGAAAUUUCCAGGUUCGCGGUGAAUCAGUAACAGGCACACUUUUGCAAAAUAGACAAUGUUUAUUGAUUAGAAAAUGCAGAAUAAAUGAGAUUUAUUGAUUACAAUCCCACAAGAGCAAGCAAAUAAGUAUCAACAAAUGUCAACGAUGAGGCUAGAUUUGAGUUUGUCAACCCCAGAAUCCCCGCAUUACCGUUACAGCAAAACGAAAUGUCCCUUAGCAAUGAAAACCGCUUACCGUGACAAAUGAGCGGGGGGCGAACACACUUCGGUAAGGCGGCGAAGGAAGUCUGCCGGCGGGUCACGUACGGAUCGCCUGGUUUUGUUCUUUUGCCGCUCUGCCGGAGUGUUUUGGCUCCCCGCUCAUUUGUCACGGUAAGCGAUUUUCAUUGUCCAUGUUCCAUAUUGACUGGUAACAGUCCGUCAUGGACCAUGACCUUCACUACUUUCACAGUGCAGUAAAUGUUAGCAAUGAGUAAUACUUUUGUUAAUAAUCGUCUAUCAUGCACCAUCGUCUUUUUCAGUACGGUACAUGUUAGCAAUGAACAUAGUAAUUUUACAUACAUUUUGAUGGGUGACAGUCCGUGAACUGUGGUGUUUACAUUUACAGUGUGUGGUACAUCUUAGCGAUGAGUAGUAUUUAAGCUAACAUUGAUGGUAAUAAUCCUCCAAUUUAUUUCUAUUGGUAAAAGCCAGUCAUAGACCAUGGUCUUUUACAGUACAGUACAUGUUAGCGAUGAGUCGUACUUUAGCUAACAUUGAUGGUAAUAAUCUUCUAAUCCAUUAAUGACUGGUAACAGUCCAUCAUGCACAAUGGCCUUUUACAGUACGGUACAUGUUAGCGAUGAGUCAUACUUUAGCCAACAUUGAUGUUAAUAAUCGUCCAACCCAUUUUGACUGGUAGAAGUCCAUCAUGCACAAUGUUCUUCUACAGUAUGGUACAUGUUAGCGAUGAGUCAUUCUUUAGCUAACAUUGAUGGUAAUAAUCUUCCAAUCCAUUUUCACGGGCAACAGUCUGUCAUGGACCAUGAUCAUCACUACUUUUACAAUGCAGUUCAUGUUAGCAAUGAGUAAUACUUCAGCUAACAUUGAUGUUAAUAAUCGUUCAACCCAUUUUGGCUGGUAACAGUUCAUCAUGCACCAUGGUCUUUUACAGUACGGUAGCCUACAUGUUAGCAAUGGACAUAGUAAUACUUCAGCUAACAUUGAUGUUAAUAACACUCCAACCGAUUUUGACUGUUAAUAGUCCAUCAUGCACAAUGGUCUUUUACAGUGCAGUACAUGUUAGCGAGGAGUCGUACUUCAGCUAACAUUGAUGUUAAUAAUCGUUCAAUCCAUUUUGACUGGUAACAGUCCGUCAUGGACCAUGAUCCUCACCGUUGCAAUAAUGUUAGCGAUGGGUAAUACUUUAGCUAAUAUUGAUGUUAAUAAUCAUCUAGCCCAUUUUGAUUGGUAACAGUCCAUCAUGCACCAUGGUCUUUUACAGUACGGUACAUGUUAGCAAUGGACAUAGUAAUACUUAAGCUAACAUUGAUGUAAUAAUAGUCCAAUCCCUUUUCACUAGUAACAGUCCAUUAUGUACCAUGGUCUUUUAAAGAGCAGUACAUGUUAGCGGUGAGUUAUACUUUAGCUAACAUUGAUGUUUAUAAUGCUCCAAUCCACUUUCACAGGGAAUAGUCCGUCAUGUAACAUGGUAUUUUACAGAACGGUACAUGUUAGCGAUGGACACAACAUUACUUAUGGUACCAUUAAUGUUAAUAAUCCUCCAAUCCAUUUUGACUGCUAGGGCUGACAGUGAUCAUUCUCUACUAGCCUCUCCCAGUAAAACUGGACUGGACUUCUACCGUAUCUCCGUCAAUGGCAGCUAACGAGUUCAUCUAAACAAAACAAACAGCAGAUCUAUUACUGUUAAUGGCAGUCAAUGCGUUUUUCAGAGGAUUCAAAUCAAGUCAUUUUUGUUUCUUAUGCAAUUCUGAGUGUUUUUUUUUUUUUUUUUAAAUCCCCAUAUUUUGAGCACUACGAAUCCAAUUAAACUAAUUUGCUGCCAUUGACGGCAAUGGACGUCCAAAUCCAUUUGAACCAGGAGGGGAAAGGUAUUUGACGAUAACUCAAGAACGAAGAACAAAGAAAGGGAUUAUAAACAAUGUGUUUGUAAUAUGUAAUGAGAGCUGUGAAUGAAUUUUGGGGAAAAGGUCAAAGGUCACAGAGGUUUCUUGUGAACUCAUUGGCUACCGUUGAUGGCGAAAAACGGUUAAUCCAUCGAUCAUUCUCCGCCAAACUUCCCAGUUCAAAUGGAUUAGACGUCUACUACUUGAGAAACUCAUUGAAAUUCAUAGCAAAAGCAUGAAAAAAAGCCAGAAAAUUGGACGUCUAUCAUCGUCAAUGGCACUGAAACAGUUCAACAACUUUUUUUUUGUUGGCAUUUUUAUUUAUCUUGAAUGUUUUUUUUCCCAACUCUUUGUUCGUUCUUGAAAAAUAUCGAAUUUACGUGUAAUUUUACACACAAAAAACGGUACACGUGUAAAUUAGUGGUGACACGAUCAUUCGUUUGUAAUCCAGCCAUGACGCCCACUGAAAAGCCAUAUUUUCAUUUCGACGACUGUUCCGUCAUGUUUUUGUUCUGGACGAACGACUUAAAAAUAAAAAAAUAAAUAAAUAAGUGGACAGGCUUCAGGUACGAAAACGAACCUCAAGGAUCGCAAUCCUCACACGCGUUUUUUUUUCUCUCGCUUUAUCGCAUCCGUCGUAUAAUCUUCUAGUAGAGUAUUUACCGGUUUAUAUUCGAAAAGGAGGCCAAAGAUGUGGAAAAUUUAGUAAACAAAACAAAACAAAAAAAACACGCGGGCUUGGCUGUAAUCAUUCAUCCCAACGCUGUCAUUUAGCUGAUGUAUAUAACCAUAGAGACUCCCGAGUAGUGCUGUGUCCUUUUUCUUGUCUGUUAUCCAACUAUCAAAAGAAUGAAGAACACAUUCACGUACGCGCUGGGCAAUAAUUGGCCAUUCGGAUAUUUGUUUCUCGGCAUUACUUUUAGGUAAAGGAGAGCGGUGUCGCGCAGCUAUGUUGCUAACUGGCUAGGAUGUUUGUGUAUACUAUGUGCUUUAGAGGAAAACAGUGCAGUAUGUGACUGAGCAACAUAUCUUUUACUUACUUGUACAAUUCAAGGGAGGAAUUGGCCUUGUCAUGAAUUUGGUCUUACAAAUAAAAUAUAUGCUUGAUGUCUGAAAUGAUUGGACUCGUCGUUAUUGUUACAACGCAGCACUAGGGUGACCACUGUGGCGGCUCGGCACUACAGACGGUGAUGCCC